AUGUCCUCCAGCUCGCUACCUCCGUCACUAGACGCAUCCUCAGCCUCCCCAACCUCAUCGAAGAACAGCGGCCGCGGCCGGAAACCCGACAACAAUUCCGCACCAAAGCGCUCACGCGACGUCCAGCGAGCUUUCCGCGCCCGCCGUGCCGCUUAUCUCCAGGGACUGGAGCAAAGGCUUCACGAACUCGAACAAGAGAACGAUCACCUACGACGGGCGCUUAACAUCUGUCCGGCUGCGAGAGUGCCAUUGGGGACGGGUCCGACUGGGUUGGACAGGCACAGGGCUUGGGACUCUAAUGGUUUCCCGAUCCGCAGUGGGUCGUCCAUCCCUGAAAGUGCUGAUCAGCAGCACCCGCCCCAUCAGCAACAGCAGUACCCCCUCAUGACGAACAUAUCGGCCUUCAUGCAUGCCAUGCCUGUCAACUGCCCUCUUUACUGGCAGCUCUCGAUGGGGACCACAUUGGUGAACAGAACCAACCAAUCAACCUGCCUUCUGAAGCUCCAUACCUGGCUCCUUUACACACCACAAACGCAGAGAGCACUAGUGACGCAAGCCAAGUGUGCAGCUGGGCAUGCAACAUCCUUGAGUGCAACUGCGGUUUCUCAGCUAACAUGA